AUGUCCAGAGACAGGCUCUUAAACCUGUCUUUGCUUAAAAAUGGAGAGUCACCGAAUUUGCCCUUGAACCUCCAGCACUAUAACCCUGGAGAAGAUGGCAGCCUGGGCUCCUCAGAUUCAGCCCCUCCAGGGGAGAUUCCACUCCGGCUGGUGAAUAGCUCAAGUCGCUGCGCUGGGAGAGUUGAGGUGCUGCACAACCAGAAGUGGGGGACGGUGUGUCACGACAGCUGGGACUUAACUGAUGCUGGAGUCGUGUGCAGGCAGCUGGGCUGUGGGACAGCAUUAUCAGCUCCAAAGGGGGCUUGGUUUGGACAAGGCUCUGAGCGUAUCUGGCUGGAUGACGUCAGCUGUAGAGGGACAGAAGAUGCCCUCUCUGAAUGCAACUCUAGACCUUGGGGAGAACAUAACUGCAACCAUACAAACGAUGCGAGUGCCGUGUGCUCAGGUAACCAAAUCUUUCCACCUCACAAACAAUGUGGUGCAAGAUCCAUCAGAGGGAAGCAUGCCUUUCCCCAGCGUUCUUUCAGAUCUGACGUACCGGAAUCUGAGUGUCUCUUCCUUUGCGUGUUCAUAGAUGCAACUCCUCCAGGGGAGAUUCCACUCCGACUGGUAAACGGCUCGAGUCGCUGCUCUGGGAGAGUUGAGGUGCUACACAACUUGCAGUGGGGAACAGUCUGUGAUGACAGCUGGGACUUAACUGAUGCUGGAGUCGUGUGCAGGCAGCUGGGCUGUGGGACGGCGCUCUCAGCCAGUGGAGGGGCUCAAUUUGGACAAGGCUCUGAGCGUAUCUGGCUGGAUGACGUUAGCUGCAGGGGGACAGAAGCUUCCCUCUCCGAAUGCAAGUCUAGACUUUGGGGAGACCAUAACUGUAACCAUACGGAAGAUGCAAGCGCUGUGUGCUCAGAUUCAACCUCUCCAGGGGAGAUUCCGCUCCGGCUGGCGAACAGCUCGAGUCGCUGUGCUGGGAGAGUCGAGGUGCUACACAACCAGCAGUGGGGGACCGUGUGCGAUGACGACUGGGACUUAACCGAUGCUGGAGUCGUGUGCAGGCAGCUGGGCUGUGGGACGGCGCUCUCAGCCCCAGGCGCGGCUCAGUUUGGACGAGGCUCUGAGCAUAUCUGGCUGGAUAACGUUAACUGCAAGGGGACAGAAGCUGCCCUCUCCGAAUGCACGGCACGGUCCUGGGGAGACCACAACUGUAACCACGGAGAAGAUGCAAGUGCCGUGUGCGCAGAUUCAACUGCUCCAGGGGAAAUUCAUCUCCGUCUGGUAAACGGCUCGAGUCGCUGCUCUGGGAGAGUCGAGGUGCUACGCAACAUGCAGUGGGGGACCGUCUGUGAUGACGGCUGGGACUUAAAUGAUGCUGGAGUCGUGUGCAGACAGCUGAGCUGUGGGACGGCGCUCUCAGCCCCAGGCGGGGCUCAGUUUGGACGAGGCUCACAACUGAGCUGUGGGACGGCGCUCUCAGCCCCAGGGGGGGCUCGGUUUGGACAAGGCUCUGAGCGUAUCUGGUUGGAUGACGUUAACUGCAAGGGGACAGAAGCUUCCCUCUCCGAAUGCACGGCCCGGCCCUGGGGAGACCACAACUGUAACCACGGAGAAGAUGCGAGUGCCAUGUGCGCAGAUUCAACCCCUCCAGGGGAGAUUCCGCUUCGGCUGGUGAAUAGCUCGAGUCGCUGUGCUGGGAGAGUCGAGGUGCUGCACAACCGCCAGUGGGGAACAGUGUGUGACGACAGCUGGGACUUAACCGAUGCUGAAGUCGUGUGCCGGCAGCUUGGCUGUGGGACGGCGCUAUCAGCCCCAAAGGAGGCUUGGUUUGGACAAGGCUCUGAGCGUAUCUGGCUGGAUGAUGUCAGCUGCAGGGGGACAGAAGAUGCCCUCUCCGAAUGCAACUCUAGAACUUGGGGAGAACAUAACUGCAACCAUACAGAAGAUGCGAGUGCUGUGUGCUCAGAUUCAGCUCCUCCAGGAGAGAUUCCACUCCGGCUGGUGAAUGGUUCGAGUCGCUGCGCUGGGAGAGUCGAGGUGCUACACAACCUGCAGUGGGGAACCGUGUGUGAUGACAGCUGGGACUUAACCGAUGCUGGAGUCGUGUGCAGGCAGCUGGGCUGUGGGACGGCGCUCUCAGCCCCAGGGGGGGCUCGGUUUGGACGAGGCUCUGAGCGUAUCUGGCUGGAUGACGUCAGCUGCAGAGGGACAGAAGCUUCCCUCUCUGAAUGCAAAUCUAGAUCUUGGGGAGAUCAUAACUGUAACCACGGAGAAGAUGCGAAUGCCGUGUGCUCAGAUUCAGCCCCUCCAGGCGAGAUUCUGCUCCGGCUGGUGAACGGCUCGAGUCGCUGCGCUGGGAGAGUCGAGGUGCUACACAACCAGGAGUGGGGAACUGUGUGUGAUGACAGCUGGGACUUGCAGGAUGCCAGAGUUGUGUGCAGGCAGCUGGGCUGUGGGAUGGCGUUAUCAGCCCCAAGCGGAGCUCAAUUUGGACAAGGCUCUCAGCAUAUCUGGCUGGAUGAGGUUACCUGCGCGGGGACAGAAUCUGCCAUCUCUGAAUGCAUGGCACGGCCUUGGGGAAAGCACAACUGUAACCACAGAGAAGAUGCGGGUGUUGUGUGCUCAGAUUCGGUCAUCCCUGACACUGUUCCACUCCGGCUGGUGAACGGCUCCAGUCACUGCGCUGGGAGAGUCGAGGUGCUUCACAACCACAAGUGGGGAACCGUGUGUGAUGACAGCUGGGACCUACAGGAUGCUGGAGUCGUGUGCAGGCAGCUGGGCUGUGGGACGGCGCUAUCAGCCCCAGGGGCGGCUCAUUUUGGGCAAGGAUCUGACAUUAUCUUGCUGGAUGAGGUUCAGUGCACAGGCACAGAAGCGGGCCUAGAAGAAUGCCAGGCUCGGCCAUGGGGAGAACACAAUUGUAACCAUGGAGAAGAUGCCAGCGUUGUGUGCUCAGGUGAGCUUCCUGCAUAUCACUUCCUGUGUGUGCUGCCGGGAGGUAUUGGUCAUUCUGCAGGGAGCUCUGUCCUCCUGCAGUCAGUGCUGACGCAGGGCUGCAGCGUGGUGCUCGUGGGCCUGUGCUCCACGGCAUGGGGUGAGACUGCCUGCCUGCAGUCCGAGCUGGCCCAGAGAUGCAGUUUGUGCCUGGCCACGCUGCCCCGCAAGCUCUGUGCUGCUGGGAACAUGGGUUUUCCCAGGCACCUCCUGCUCCCAGCUGGGCAACCCCAUGGCAGGAGUUCAGCUGCCUGCUCUGGAGCUGGGUACACAAGGAUCCCCAUCCUCCUGGCCUGGCUGUGGGCUUCCAUGACCGGAUUCCCCGUGGCAGACUCAGGCAGCCCAGAACUAGCUCAGCUCCGGCUGGUGGACGGCCCCAAUCGCUGCGCUGGGAGAGUCGAGGUGCUGCACGACCAGCAGUGGGGAACCGUGUGUGAUGACGGCUGGGAUUUAACCGAGGCCAGAGUAGUGUGCCGGCAGCUGGGCUGCGGGACGGCGCUAGCAGCCCCACACGGGUCUCGCUUUGGACAUGGAACUGGCCGUAUCUGGCUGGACGAGGUCAACUGCACCGGGACGGAAGUUGCCCUCUCCGAAUGCAGGGCUAAGCCUUGGGGAGAGCACAACUGUAACCACGUGGAAGACGCCGGCGUGGAGUGCUCAGACACGGUCAUUCCGGACCCAGGUCCUCUCCGGCUGGUGAACGGCCCCAGUCGCUGCGCCGGGCGAGUCGAGGUGCUACAUGACCAGCAGUGGGGAACUGUGUGUGAUGACGGCUGGGACCUAACCGAUGCCGUGUUUGCAGAUCCAGCUCCACUCCGGCUGGUGAACGGCCCCAAUCGCUGUGCCGGGAGAGUCGAGGUGCUGCACGACCAGCAGUGGGGAACCGUGUGUGAUGAUGGCUGGGACUUACAUGAUGCUACUGUCGUGUGCAGGCAGCUGGGCUGUGGGACGGCGUUGGCAGCCCCAGGGGAGGCCUGGUUUGGGUAUGCAUCUGACCACAUCUGGCUGACUGACGUUAACUGCACUGGGACAGAAGCUGCCCUCUCUGAAUGCAGGGCCAGCCCUAAGGGAGACAAUAAAUGUGGCCACAAAGAAGAUGCCAGUGUCAGGUGCUCAGAAUCAGCUGAUCCCGGCACGGCUCCGAUCCGACUGGUAAAUGGCCUGAGUCGCUGCGCUGGGAGAGUCGAGGUGUUUUAUAACCAGCGCUGGGGAACCGUGUGCGAUGACAGCUGGGACUUGCAGGAUGCCGAAGUCGUGUGCCGGCAGCUGGGCUGUGGGUCGCCGUUAUCCGCCCCCUGCAGCUCUUGCUUUGGAGAAGGAUCUGGCGCUAUCUGGCUGGAUGACGUGCACUGCACAGGGAAAGAAGCUGCCCUCUCCGAGUGCAACAUUAGGCCGUGGGGCGACAAUAACUGUAACCACACAAAGGAUGCCAGUGUGACAUGCUCAGACCCACCAGAGCUCCGGCUGGCUGAUGGCCCCAAUCGCUGCGCUGGGAGAGUCGAGGUGUUGCACGACCAGCAGUGGGGAACCGUGUGUGAUCACGACUGGGACUUAACCGACGCCGGGGUUGUGUGCCAGCAGCUGGGCUGUGGGACCGCAGUGGCAGCCCCAGGGCAGGCUCGGUUUGGGAAAGGAUCUGGUGCCGUCUGGCUGAACAAGGUUAACUGCACCGGGACGGAAGCUGCCCUCUUGGAUUGCGGGGCUCAGCCUGGGGCAGACGAUAGCUGUCGGCACGGAGACGACGCCGGCGCUGUGUGCUCAGAUUCAGUCAUUCCUGACACGCCUCCGCUCCGGCUGGUGAACGGCCCCAGUCGCUGCGCUGGGAGAGUCGAGGUGCUACACGACCAGCAGUGGGGGACCGUGUGUGAUGACGGCUGGGACAUGCAAGAUGCUGGUGUUGUGUGCCGGCAGCUGGGCUGUGGGACGGCGCUAUCAGCCCCUGGGGAGGCCUGGUUUGGACAAGGCUCUGACCGUAUCUGGCUGGAUGAGGUUCAGUGCCGCGGGGCGGAGGCUGCCCUCUCCAGAUGCAGGGCUCAGCCAUGGGGAGACCAUAACUGCCACCAUGGAGAAGAUGCCGGUGUUGUGUGCUCAGAUUCAGCCCUUCCGGAUAUGGCCCCGCUCCGGCUGGCGAACGGCUCGAGUCGCUGCGCUGGGAGAGUCGAGGUGCUGCACGACCAGCAGUGGGGGACCGUGUGCGAUCGCGGCUGGGACCUACAGGAUGCUGGAGUCGUGUGCCGGCAGCUGGGCUGCGGGGCGGCUCUGCCAGCCCCACACGAGGCUCGCUUUGGGCGAGGCUCCGGCCCCAUCUGGCUGGACGACGUUCGCUGCACCGGGACAGAAACUGCCCUCUCAGAUUGCUGGGCGCGGCCGUGGCUGCUGUUUGUUCCAGAGGCACCUCAGCUCCGGCUGGCGAACGGCCCCAGUCGCUGCGCUGGGAGAGUCGAGGUGUUUCAGUACCAGCAGUGGGGAACCGUGUGUGACGGCGGCUGGGACCUGCAGGAUGCCGGAGUCGUGUGCAGGCAGCUGGGCUGCGGGACGGCGCUGGCAGCCCCCCACGGGGCUCACUUUGGGCCAGGGUCUAACCCCAUCUGGCUGGACCAGGUCACCUGCAACGGGACAGAAGCCACCCUCAGCGAGUGCCUGGCUCGGCCGUGGGGAGACAACAAGUGUCACCAUGGAGAAGAUGCCGGCGCUGUGUGCUCAGAUUCAGCCAACCCCAGGAAAGCUCAGAUCCGGCUGGCCAACGGCCCCAGUCGCUGCGCCGGGAGAGUCGAGGUGCUGCAUGAGCGGCAGUGGGGAACCGUGUGUGACAACGGCUGGGACUUGCACAAUGCUGCAGUCGUGUGCCAGCAGCUGGGCUGUGGGACGGCGCUUUCAGCCCCCGGGGGGGCUGGGUUUGGCCAGGGAAGUGACAGUAUCUGGCUGGCUGAGGUGAACUGCACCGGGACAGAAACUGCCCUCUCUGAAUGCUGGGCUCGGCCGUGGGGCAAGAAUAUCAACUGUCACCAUGGAGAAGAUGCUGGCCAUGUCACCUCCUGCAUGGCAC